UUGACCUCUUAAAAAAAAAAAAAUUCAAAGCAGUCUCGCUCUCUAAAUUUGUAGUUUCGUCCCAACCUUCAACUAGAUGUCGAUCUCUAUCUAUCAGUUUGGGUCGUGUAAGUUCAAGAAAGAAAACUUGAAAUGAGCAAGAAAAAUUUUCACAUGUCAAUUUUCUAUCUCAAUACAUUACUUAUCUAUAAAUGUUCAUAUGUGAAUUUUCUGUUAGAUUUGUUUUUAUAAAACAAGAAAAGAAAAAUGGAAGAAGGUGCUAUCAACACGCCUGAUUAUGGAAGACAGAAGGCAAAAGUGAGAAUUGCGAGUGAAAGGACCUCUUCUAUCGAUCAACCAAGAUUAUCUUCUACAACGGAGUGUUCCCCCGACAGCUCUAGUCUUCGUUCUACAACAUCGGACGCAUUUGCGUCAUUAGACGCUGGGACGUUCCAAUCAGAAUUGGUGCAGGCAAAUGCAGGGGAGCCAAUCCCAAGUGAAGAUUAUGAACCUGAAUCCGUGAAGAUAUGCAUAGGGGAGCCAAGUCCAAGGAAAAGGACAUUAUUAGAUGAAUGUCGUGGCCCGUGUCGUCCCCUCCUUCAAGCUGCCAUAAAAGGUGAUUGGCCGGCUGCUAAGGCCUUUCUUGAGAAAUGCCCACACUAUGUUCGAGCUCCCAUAUCGAAAGAGCAAGCGACAGCACUUCACAUUGCGGCGGCUGCACAACACACCACUUUUAUAACAAAAUUGUUGAAAUUGAUCGUGAGUACUCCGGAGGACUUGGAAUUGAAAACAACAUAUGGAUUUACGGCCCUUCACUCAACUGCUCAAUCAGGAAACGUCAGAAUUGCUGAGCAGCUGGUGGAAAUGAACAAUAAACUGCUAUCGAUCCAGGAUGUCAAUGAAGACACACCACUCAUUGUUGCAGCUUAUCAAGGACAUACGAACAUGGUCUCGUAUCUAUUCGCUAUGACUGGUCUUGAACAUUUGAGUGAUGGAAAACGCACUGAGCUCCUUGAGUAUACUAUUUACAAUGAUAUGUUUGAUGUAGCAUUGAAAAUUUUGGAUAUGGAUCCAAACAUAGCAAGUGCCGGCACUGAAUGCUGGUUCGGGGGGUUGAAAAUGUUGGCCCGAAAUCCUUUUGCAAUUGGCAGCGAAAGUCAGCUAUCAUCCUGGAAAAGUAGUCUCUUAAAGUACUCAUGGUUCAAAGGGAUCUAUAACAAAGCUUUGAUGAAGACAUUAGCCCAUCAAUUAGUUGAAGAACUUUGGAAAAAGGUUGGAAUUCCAGACAAACAGUUCUCAUCAAACUUGGUCAACUAUAAUAUGGCUUUAAUUUUUGAAGCUGCAAAAGUUGGAAAUGUUGAAUUUCUAAUUAUACUUGCACGCUCUUAUCCUGACCUUAUAUGGCAACAAAACAAAAAUAAAAUGAGUAUAUUUCACAUUGCUAUUUUAUAUCGGCACGAGAGUGUGUUCAAUCUAAUAUUUGAGAUAGGUGCUGACAAGGAUAGUCUUGCAUCCUAUGCUACUUUAAAAACCAAAGAGAACAUGUUGCAUUUAGCUGGAAAAUUGGCACCUUCAGAUCGACUAAAUAUCGUAUCAGGAGCAGCUCUUCAAAUGCAACGGGAGUUGUUGUGGUUUAAGAUAGAAAAGAUUGUGCCGCGGUCAUACGUGAACAGGAAGAAUUCGAAAGGCCAAACACCUAAGGAGAUAUUUAGAAAGGCACAUAAAAAUUUGCAGAAAGAUGGUGAAAAGUGGAUGAAGGACACGUCAAAGUAUUGCAUGCUCGUGGCAACAUUGAUUGCCAUUGUGAUUUUUGUUGCAGCCUUCACUGUAGCAGGUGUCAGCAAUCAAGAAACAGGGACUCCUGUUUUUGUGAGAAGUAACUGGUUUAUGGUAUUUUUCAUAUCAGAUGCAAUAACACUGUGUUCCUCUUCGACUUCAAUAGUAAUAUUCUUGUCAAUUCUCAUGUCACGCUACACAGAAGAUGAUUUCUUAAAGUCAUUACCUUCAAAGUUGAUGAUUGGACUUGCUACACUCUUCAUCUCCAUGGCGGGCAUGAUGGUAGCCUUCAGCGCAACUUUCUUUUUGGUGUACACAAGUUCAAGGGCAUGGGCUCCGGUUGUUGUCAUCACUUCGGCUAGUAUCCCGAUUAUUUCGUUUGUUCUGCUACAUAGUCAACUUUGGGUUGAUACAUUCCUCUCAACAUACAAAUCUAAAUUUCUAUUUCGGCCAUAUAAACAUAGGCUUUUCUAGUGGAAGAUGCCGAUUGGGAAAUUGAUCAACUGAAAAUAUGAAAUGCAAGGCUAACGAAUAGGAAGGAAAGUUGGAGGAUCAUGAGAGAUUGAACAAGGAAGGCCAAAGAAAGAAUUUUUGGAAAAUAAAGACUUUAUGUUUUAUGUUGUUGUUUGACUGAACUAUUCCAUCAAGACUUGUUGCUCCUCCCUGGUUAGAGCCAAUGGAGUUUUUGGUGUCCUCCAGCCUUUAGGACUUUGGAGUUUUUGUUCCCCUAGUUAGAUCCGGUAGUGGUUGAUGUUCCCCGGCAGAAGACUUCACGGGAUUUGGGUUGGGGAGCAACUUUCUAGUGUGUUUUCCGACAGAGUUUUUGACCUGGUUUUUCUUUGUUUUGGUUUCUUUCUUUGGAGUUAGAUCUGCUCACUUCGGCUGGAUUUUCCAAGACAUGCGCCUCUCCACCGCCCGCUUCUUCCGGUCCAGCAGCUUCCAGCCACGGUCGUGCCAGUUCUCCAUGCUUGGCGCGUGGCCUACACGCGCCAGGGAGGUCACUCCCUGGACUGACGCAUGUGGGUCACGGCUUGUCUUCUAGAGCGCGGUUGGGAGUUUUUCGGUGGAUCCGAGGUCUUCCGGCUUAUUUCUGCUGUAGAGGAGGUCUCUGGUGGAAAUGCGCCGUCGACGGCGUCACCCGAUUCCGGUCCCGAUUUUGGCUUCUGUUUAGGGUGUUUUAUGUUGUUUUUUUCUUUUCUUUUCUUUUCACAGUUUGCGUCUGUGAUGUUUAAAUGUUACUGGACUAUUUGUUGGCUUAGGUGCUAGAUCUGCCAUAUUUUAUUUGUUGAUUGUGCUUAAAUGUAAAGAGUGACUCAUUGUUGUCCUUGUAAUGACUAUGUAUUGUUUAGGUUGCUGUUCAAGUCAGAUUUAUCUAGCUUAGGGUGUAGGGAGUCUCGAACCUCUUGUUUUUGUCUUUGCUAUUUGUUCAAAAAAAUGCAAUCA